AUGCCUGCACGAAAACGCGCCGCCUCCGAGAUGGAGGCGGAGGAUUCGGUCGAAGAGCCCAGCACACUGCAAAAGCUGCGCAACAUGUGGCAGUUUGCAAACCUAGCCCAAUACAUCAGUCUGUUCGGCGACGCGGUCAAGAUCGACAAAGACUUUGACAUCGAGGAAUUAGAGACGGAAUGCCUGAAGCCACAGCCCUCCGAAAGGCUUGCCCAGAUUGGCCUGGCAUUACUGAAGCACGUCUCAUCACACAAGGGCCUAACACCCGAUAUUUUCGAUGAAUAUACUCGCCGUCAGUUCGUCGCAAAGGCGCCAGCCCGCAAUCCGUUCGGUACCGACGAAGAACCCAAAAAGUUCGAUGAUUUCGAUGUCUUCACAAAGAUUUGCGUACUACAACAGCUGUCGACAUGGACUCUGAACAACCCAAACACGAUUAGGGAAAGGCUAGCGGCCACAGAUAGCGAGCAGACGCUUUGGCGCAUGGAGCCUACCGGGUGGGACUCACAAGAGAGAAUGCUUUUCGUCUUGGAUGACAAUCGCAUGUACCGGCAAACUGACCCGCCGCCACCGCCUGCGCCGCAGAAGGCCAAAUCGAAAGCCAAAUCAAAGAAGGCCAAAGGCAGAAGAGCCAGCAAGCGACAGAAGCAGACGACCCCAGAACCAGAGGAGCUUUCCGAGGUCGAGGAAGCGCCGUUGGAUCAGCAAGCAGCUGAAGAGGUCGAUGAUGGCCUCGGUGGGAAGAAAUGGGAAUGUGUGUGCAUCACCUUGCAAGACUACCAAGAGUAUAUGAGCAGCAUUCGGAAGAGCCGCGACCCGAACGAAAAGAUACUCUACAAGCGUUUACAAGAGGACGUGAUGCCAGUUAUGGAGGGCCUUGCAGAGGAGCAGGCCCGGAAGCAGGCCCGAAAAAUGAGGGAGCUAGAGAAUAUGCAGAAGCUAGCAAUGGCGAAGCGCUCCUCGAGAAUCUCAUCGCGACUCGAAAAGCAAAAGGAGGUCGAGGAAGUCGAGGCGGUGGAACGCAAGAGGCAGGCAGAGCUUGCCAUGGCCAAGGCAGAACAAGACAGACAGAAGAAGCUGGAAGAGGCGCACGAUUCCCGCAGAAUGACGCGAGAGCAACGGCUCCGCGAACGCGAGACGGCCAAAAUUCUCAAAGAAGAAGAGCUGCGUAGACUGCAGGAGAAUGAGCAAAAGCUUGCCAACAACAAUGCUAGGCUGUCUGAGCGCCAUCUCAAGGCCAUGAUGAAGAAACACGAAAGCGACCUCAAGAAACUGAAUGAAGAAGAGGAUUGGUUCUUCGACUGCGAAAAAUGCGGUACUUAUGGUUCCAACCUUAACGACAAUACUCCGCAGAUAUCGUGUGAGCAGUGUAACGUCUGGCAGCACAUGAAGUGCCAUGGCAUCACAGAAGCACAGGCCGACGACUCUAAAUUCGUCUUCGUCUGCACUUCGUGUAAGCGUAAAGAGCAGGAUGCGAGCCAACCGAAGCUCCCACCUCUAAAGUUGCGGCUUACCUCCGCAUCGCCUUCCUCUCGCACUGAGACGCAAGCGAACGGUGCUGCAUCUCCAGUGUCCACAAGCCAAUUAGAAGCCGUCAAGAUACCACAACCUCGGCCAUUCGUCCUACAAGCUAAUGAACAGUCCGCCCCAGUGCAACCUUGGGUCGAUGGACCGAGUCUGUCUCCGCGCGGUCAGGCUCUUGGCCCGCCUGGGAUACAAAGAUCAGAGGCCGCCUAUGGAUCGCCCUCCAAAGGCGCAAAUGGCAGCUCGUCACCCAUAAUGGCACGCCCAUAUUCAUCGGGGCAGCCUGUUGGAAGCUUCAAGCCUCUCAGCUUCCCAACAUCAUCACCUCCACCUUACAACCUACAGCAAAUUCCUAGUAGCCCGAACAAGAGCUUCCACAUACCCCCUCCCCAGCAGAAUGGUAACUCCUUCGGCGCAUCGAAUCCAUUCGGCUCAUCAGCGCCGAUCCCGUAUACACAGAGCUUUAGUCGGCCUCCAUCAGCUGCUGGGCCCGCCGGCUCUCCCGUAAAGCACUCACCAGCAGCCUCACCACGUCCGGCCAACGGCCUGCCGACUCACUACAAUUUCAACAGUCCACAUUCGUCCUUCCCUCCCAGCUCAGCUCAUCGAACGUCCUUCUCGCCGACCAAGCAUAGCUCGCCCGCCCCUUUGCCAGCGCACAUGUCUUCGCCGGCACCCGCACCCUUGCGGAUAGCCCCAUCACCGUCACAGAUGCCGGCCCAGAUGUUACCUGAUCCAAUACCCGCGCCUUUAAAGCACGACGGUAUGCGGCCCGUCUCCAGCCACGCAAUGUCAGAAACGCCCAUCUUUCCCCCAGUCAAGUCCCUGAGUCCUCAGAGGAACCCGCAGAUCCUCGAACCGCCUACGAAGAAGCCAAGUCCGACGCCUGAGCGGUUUCACCUCGCGUCUGUUAGUCAUAAUGGAUUAGGGAAUGGCAGUAGCCAGUAG